AUGUACAUAGCAGCAACCGAAGAUGCGGUCAACGCGGUCCUUGUCAAAACUAACACGAAGGUUGAGCAGUCAAUCUACUACGUCAUCAAGACUCUCAACCCGGCGGAAAGAAAUUACACGAAGAUUGAGAAGCUCAUACUAGCAUUAGUAUGGGCGACCCAAAAGCUAAGAACCUAUUUCUUGACUCAUCAUGUUCGGGUCCCAUGUAAAGCACCGUUGGAAGCUUUCCUCAAGAGCGCAGGGAAAUUAGGAAGGAUAGCAAAAUGGAACACUCAUCUGGAUAAAUUCAACAUUAUCCACGAGAUCCAAACUUCCCAAAAGUCACAAGUCUUAGAGGAUUUUUUGACGGACUUACCUCUGGUUAACGACAAAGAAGUGAAAGACAUACUAGAAGCAGGAGAGGACGGGAAAGAUCCAGUCGAUAUACUCGAACCCUCAAGCCAAAGAAGAUUGAAAAUAUUCAUCGAUGGGUCGAGGAAUAGAGAGGGCGCAGGCAUAGGCAUCGUGAUUACCUCUCCCACCGGAGACAGGAACGUGUAUGCAAUAAGAUUGGAAUUCAAGGGGCAUACCAACAACAUCGUAGAGUACGAAGCUAUAGUACAUUCCCUCCGGAUAAUAAUAAUAGAAAUGGGGAUAACGGAUGUACGCCUAACAAGUGAUUCUCAGUUGGUCAUUCGGCAAAUAGAACUAGAAUACAACGUCUACGAUGACACCCUCUCCGCAUACAUGGCUUUGGUUCAGACCUUAGCCUCCCAGAUAUCAAGCAUCAAGUUCCGACACCUGUGUAGAAAAUAUCUCAGGCAUGCUGACGCCUUGGCAUACAUAUCAUCCAUGAUGAAAUAUGAGAGCGUUAAAGACAUAAAAGUAACAAGAGUAUAUGAACCUUCAAUCACCCCACAACAGUCCUUCGCUACGAAUCGUGAAGACGAUGUACGGGAGGACAUUGAUGACGGCAACGUAAGGGAGGAUAUUUCUGAAGAUUUCAUCGAAGAUGAUAUCAUGACGAGGGCGAAAGAAGAUGGGGACUUUAGCAGCGAAGAAUACUGGAGAACCGAGAUUCACCUCUACCUUGAAGAAGGUACGCUACCUGCAGACCUGAAGCAAGCCAGAAAGAUACAAUCAAAGGCAGAGAUAUACGAUCUUCGUGAUGGAGUCCUGUACAAAAAAUCCUUCCUCGGACCACUACUACGAUGUUUAUCAAGAGAGGAAGGGCAUCGUAUUUUGAAAGAUAACCAUAGAGGGGACGCAGGUAACCACAACGGAAUGAUAUCUUUGGCGGAUAAAGCAAAAUGCAGGGGUACUACUGGCCACAGAUGA